CCUGAUGCCAUUGGCCAGAUCAAGCCCGUCCUCCGCUCUCACUUUCUGUCGUUCACAGGACAAAAACAACGAUUGGAUAUGACAGUAGCACGGCGACAACAUUAGAAAGAAAGGGAGCUGAUAGUUAAAUAUGUUACUAUAGCCAUUUAGCUUCAAUAAUGGGUUUUAUUUCACUUUUGCUCCGUAUAAACCGUGGCGGCUUCUUGAACGCACGAGGUCUGCCUACCACCGUGUUGCCUUAAACGGCUUCGUGCUAAGCUAGCCAGCGACCGAUACUUACAUCCAUAUCUCUAAGCCUCAGCUUUUAUAUUUAUUCUUUUUUGCUGUACAUUUUGCUGUCCCAUUUUUUUUAUCUCAAGUAUGGCUCAUAACAGUGGUGCGGAAGACGCGGCUGAAGGGAGCGGUUGCUCGGGGAAGCUGCGCUCGAGCGUCGGCCUGAGAGGCGGCUCGUGCUCCAGCGAGAGGCACGAGCAACUCCGCGCAGUGAAAGCAAUGCUGAUGGAGCGGUUAGGACCGCACGAGCGCCUGCUCACCUAUAUGCAGUCUGUGUUGGUGUGGGAGAGACCUUUCCAUAGUGUAUUCCUCUACACGGCCGUCAACGUCAUUUUCUGGUUUUUUGCUCUGAGCACUUUGAGGUUGCUCUUUCUGCUGGCAUCAGGUCUGGCCCUCGCUGUUUGUGUUGACACUUGGAGAAUUAAUAUCUGGCCCAAGAUCAAAGUUAAAAAACAAGAGGAGAGUGAGAAUGAAAGCUGGGGGCUGGUGCAGCCUGGCACUUUGAGUGUGCCUGAAUUAUGCCACCACAUUGCUGAAGUGUGGGUCACUGGGUCUUCCUGUGUUGCAGACAUUGUGCAGUUGAAACAGCAAAAUCCAGGGAAGUUUUGUAUGCUGGUUUGUGGCUUGUUCACCUUACUGGCCAUGGUGGGGCGCUACAUCCCUGGAUUGGUGCUCUCAUACGUGACUUUGUUGGGUGUGUUGCUGUGCCCAUUGGUAUUGUAUUAUCGGUUGUGGCAGCGUGCAUGUUUGAAGUUGGAGCCAGCCCUGCAGUGGCUGGACUUCAGCGUCAAAGGAUACAUGAUGUCAAAGCCCAUAGAAAACCAGUUUCUCCGUAAAUCCAUCAGAAGUGGGACCUUGGAUGAAGGCAGUGACAGUGAAGAAGAGCUGGCUGCUUUCUGCCCAAUGUUUGAUGAAGCAACGGUUGCUAAGGAACUGGCAAUGACUGACUCCGAGCAUUCAGAUGUAGAGGUAUCAUACAUGGAUAAUGGCACCUUUAACCUCUCCAGAGGUCAAACCCCCCUCACUGAGGGCUCAGAGGAUCUGGACAGGCAUAGUGAUCCAGAGGAAUCAUUUGCCUGUGGGCUUCCAGACUUCCCCUCCAUCAACCCAGACGCCACCCUGAUGGAGGAUGAUGAUGAUGCCAGCAUCGGGCUUCCCAGCCUGAACUCAGCCACCUUCUCCGGCCCUCGUGGUUCUACCUCUGCCCUGCUGGACCUGGACACCCAGAUGGACUCUGAUCAAGAAGACCUCGACCUUGAGCUGUCCCUGGGCUCAUUAAAUACUACCUCUGACCUCACUAGUAACCUGGCAGGGGUCAUUGCCAGCAACAUGAUUCAGGCUGCAAUAGCUGGCGCCAUGCAGCCUCGCCCACCCCAAGGUCCUCGGAGAGAGAGCGGCCCACGGGCAGGACCUCCGAGGGGAUACAGGAAGCAGUCGAGCUCUGAGCUGGACACAGACCUGGACUUUGAUGGAGAGGAUUUUGAGAUGUUGGAUCAGUCGGAGCUAAACCAGUUGGAUCCAUUUGGAGGGGCGGGUGCUAGAGGAGGGGGUCAGGGUGUCCAGAACAGAACCCAGGGAUCCAGUUUCCUGUCCAACUUGCUGGGGAAACCACAGUGAGCCAUGUGUGUUUGUGUGUGUGCGAUACACACCAACUUUACAUAUCCUCCCUCUGUCUAUUUUCUCCUCGUAUAUCUACUUGUCCCGCACACCUUGAUCUGUGUAGAAGUUUGCAGUGUUUGAUUGAAUGUCUACAGAAAUGCUUUAGAUUUUUCGUUUGUUUGAUUAUGUAAAGUAAAAAGAGUGUAUUUGUUUUGCACUGUUAAUGUAAUAUUAAGUCGAAAGUAUGCUUCAAUUUUUCGUUUGCUGCUGCAUCUCAGGCACAGUGCACAUGAUGAAAAUGUUGUCAUUAGCAUUGUGCAUUUUGUCUGCACAUAUGUCUGGAAUUGACUGCACUGAAUAUCAUAGUGCAUGUGUCAAACAAAUUUUUAUGUGCUCACGGUCAAAGAGAUGUAAUUCCAGGUGAAAAAACGAAGCAUAUCCUAGGCUUUAGGUUACACUUGCCAGGAUUCCUCCACUGGCUGCAGUUGAUACCACUGUGAAGUAAUCCUGUUUUUAGUCUUGUCUUGGUUUAUGCUCCGUGAGCUUCCAUGUCCUCUCAUAUGUUUGUGUGUGAUUUAUGGGUGUGAGUGAGUCUUGUAUGCAAAAGACUCUGAUUUAUUUUGUAGGCUAAGCAAUAGAAAAACAAUUAUAGACACAUUACAAUGAUCAGAAAUCUCUAACUACUUAAAACCAGCAAAACAAACACCUGACUUUAUAAACACAUCCCAAACUAAAUGAAUCUAGUCUUAUAGAUCUUUGGCAUCUGAAGCUUUAUGUUUCAUACAGGCAGUAUUGGUUGUGUCUUGGAUAAUUAACAUAUCAAGGGACCAAAUCAGUCAUUCCACCAUCGAUGCUGGUCUGGACUAUAAAUGCAUACAAAUAUGAAGUCAUUAAAAGAAAGACUGUAAGAGGUCAAGACAUUGCAGAGCAAGGGAGUCUGCUAAAGUAAUAGUGACAUAUUAAGGCCACAGCCUGAUCUCAUUAAGACUGUUAUUUAUUAUUCAGACUUAUAGUUGUGAGCUUUUGUGACAGUCAGUAGUCAAAAGUGUAAUAAUCAGCAGUCAUGUUAUUUUGCUAUGCUAUAUAUUUUUCCUUUUUUCCAUUUAUUUCUUUAAAUGCUAAUUCUGCCCAUUUUUCAUCCGUUUUAUCUAAUGGCAGUGAAAUGCAAAUUCCAUUAAUUUUGGAAUUAUACAGAGUAUAAAUACUGAAUAAAUAAAUAUAUAUAAAUAUAAAACUUUGCAAUUUUAAGCUCAACAUGAUUUUAAAACCUUUACAUAAAGUCAAGACCUCUCCUAGUUUUAUACAUCAGACAUUAGGCUCACUUCAAUGAAGAAUAUUCACUCACUACAAUUCAAAAUGUAACAACAGGUGUAUUUUUUUUUUAACCAGGAUAACUUUACAGCAUACUGUUUUUCAAAUAAAUUUGUUCUUCAGUGUUUUUUGUUUAUGAGAGGGAAAAAAAAGUGCAACAUGUCAGUCAGACCUUGCUUGCCAGCCUAUCUAUAAUGAUCAUUUGGAUCAUUUUAGCACGAUAAAUUGACUUAGUCUUUAAUGAUUAUACCUCAAACAAGCCGUUUGGCUGUAACUGCCACCGUACACAGCCUCCUUUAACCAUUUUGAUUUUAUACAGAAACUUUUAUACAGGUAGAAGCUGGCAAACUGAAAAUCUCCUCUGCAGUAGAAAUCUUUCAACUGAUCUGGUAUGAGAUUUACAGUUUAACAGCAUCUAGAAAUCUGUACUAAAGCAUAAAGGAAUAAAAACUCUACAUUUCUUCCUCACCAAGAUUAUGAUUUUUGUGGUGUGAAAAAAUAAUUAGUUGGAAUUUAGUAGAUUCUUAACCUUUUUAGUUUGCACUUUGGACCAUUAGUCCAGACUAUAAGUCCAAUUAGUGUACACUUUUUCUAUUGCUGACCCAAUGCUGAUGAGAGUUUUCAUUGCUGGCUUUGAGUUUUUUUUAUUUAUUUUUAUAGUGUCUGCUGGAAAUUUGGAAGCUUAUUUGGGGAGUGCAAAAGGCUAGUGCACCAAUAAAAAUAUGUUCUGUUACCAAAAAUCAAUCAAAUCAUUUCUAUUUUCCACCAUUGAAAAUGCAAGGAAUGCAAGUAUAUGAUUUGGUUUUAUCUUUAUAAGACUUAUAUAGGCUGAAUUAGUCAGUCAGCAUUUUUAACUUAAAGUAAUGGAGCAUUCAGGAAACAUAAGGAGGCAUUUUAUCUUUCUAAUCAACAGUGAUGCUGAGAAUUGUUGUAUUCAGUCUGUCAAUUCAUGUUGUGACUUACAUCUCAAACCCAAGUCUUAAUUUAUCCAUCCAACUUGAGUCAGGUUAGAACAGUACAGUGCUCUUAUUAGAGCUAUUAUUUUGCUACUUUGCUCUGAUUUUACUCAACUCUUCAUUUUCUGUCUUUUUUUUUUUUUUUUUUUUUGCUUGUUUGGAAGCCCUAAGAUUUGAAUUGCUGAUGAUUUGUUUGGAUUUCUGUGAUUACAAAGGUUUGCUCUUUUUUUUUUUAGGUAUUUAAUUUUAUCCAUAUAUAAAAUGUGAUAAUAGUGAGUUUAGAGACUUUGAAUUUCCCCCUUUUACUUUCAUUUUUUUUUUUUUUUUUUUUAAUCAUUGUUAUUAAUGCUUUGUUAAUAAGACACUCUUUUGUUCUGUUGAGUUGAUAAUGGCAAUUUAGACAUUUGUCCAAACACAUGUUUUUUAAUGAUACUUGAUUGAUCAUAAAUUGUCCAUCCAUCUUUUGGGGGAAAAAUACACGCAAAAAAUGAGCAGUAAAUACUCUUUUUUUUUUUUUUUUUUUUUUUUGUGAGUGUGUCGAAGUGAUUACCAUACAAUUUAAACAUGCUCUGCCCAUUUUAUCCUGUCUAUUCACCUUUUUGUGGUCAAUUUAAAGAAGCCUCACCAGCAAUUCAAAUGGGAGAAUGAAGUGAUGGUUUUUACAUAGAAAACAAUUACACCCCGUGUCAUCUAUUGAUUUUGUAUUGAUGUCAGUGAUUUACAUAUAAAUCAGUUAGCUGUUUGCAAUUUUGAGGCUGAAAAUACAGAAUCACUGUUUUUUCUCUCUCUUUGUGUGAACAUUUUUACAGGAGUCUUUCUAAAGCUGGAUUCUGCAAUGUCAGUGAUUUCUUUCUUUCCUGUACAGAAGUAUUUUCCUCUUCAAUUCUCACAUAGUUUUUUUUUUUUUUUUUACUUUUGAUGUGCAAGACAAUAAACAGAUAUGAAUGAA